AUGGAGGAAUUGCAAAGCAUUCUCUGGACCUACCGCACAACGCCUCGGGUGAGCACAAGCCUCACUCCUUUUCAUCUAGUCUACGGCAGUGAGGCAGUGGUACCCGUUGAGGUCGGGGUGCCUUCCACUAGGAGAAUGCUAUACGACGAGGAGAACGCCGAGCAACGACUAGCAGAGCUGGACCUCAUUAGCGAGACUCGCGAGCGAACGGCAGCCCGGCUAAUUGCCUAUCGACAGAGGAUGAGGCAAAAUUAUGAUAGGAAGGUGGUUCCUCGCUUCUUCGGGGAAGGGGACCUGGUCUAG